UAGAACAGCUGGAGAAGCACGAUUGUUGCUAACUUCAUUGUUUUCCUGGAAGUGAAAUAAAAACAAAGUUUUUUCUGUGAAAUAAAUUCUGAGGAGUUGGAUUUUCUCGAUUUCCCGUAAAAGUAGAAAGAUAACUUUAUCAUGGAGCAAGAAGUUAAAUAUGUAGUUCAAGAAGUAUGCAGAAUUUGCGAAGCAACGGAAAAUCUAAUUGAUAUUUCGAAAGGAAUUUUUGACAAUCUGAAAGAGAAACUCCACAAAAUUGCUUCUGUUGAGGAGAAGUACGUCUACUGCCUCAAGUAUAUUUGCACCCCGUGCACGGUGAAGCUGGAAAAUGCCUUUGACUUCAUAACUCAAUGCGAAUUCACUUACAGAAAAUUGUUAGAUCAGCUUGAAAGCAGAGAUUUUUUAAAUGUUUCUUAUCCAAAAUCCCCAAAAUCAGAAAUUUCACCAGAUUUUGAAGUAGAGGAAACUAAAAUUUAUUCCUUUGAAGCAUUUGAACUUCUACCAAAAGACGCUCAAUCCGUCAGCCCUUCUCCGGGACCAUCCUUCAAAGCAGAAGUAGUUGAUCCGCAAGAAUCUGACGCGGAAAAUAAAGAAAUAAUUGAUAUUAAGAAAGAAGAAGACACAGAAUCUGAAGACAAUUCAUUUGGGAAUGAAACUGAGCCAAAGAAAGCACAAGUCCUUGAAAACAACACAAAAAAACCAAAAGAACUCAAUCCUGCCGAAAAAACUAAGAACGAAGCUCCCACAUCACAGAAGAAGAAGAGGAACAGGCAGAAGAUGCCAAAGAAUCUAACUUGUGCGUUCUGUGAGCAAAAAUUUUCACUCAAACGCGGUAUUCUAGCCCAUUUACUAGCUUUUCACGUGAAUAAGAGCCACCACAAGUGUAAUCUGUGUGGGAAAGUCCUAAUUGACAAAAAUAAACUCAAAUCGCACCAAGAGAAUAUGCACGGCUGUUUCAAAUGCAACUUUUGCGAUAAGACGUUCACAAGAAGGAAAUUCCUCAAUAGGCACCAAGGAAUUAUUCAUCUGGGAACAGUAAAGCGCCUACCGAAGAAAGAUUAUAUUUGCGAUAUCUGUGGCCGAGUCUUCAAGGCUCAUGUUAGCUUUACUGCUCACAUGAACAAGCACAAAGGAGUUCGUCCUCACAAAUGCAAUGUAUGCGGCAAGGACUUCAUUUACCGCAGUGCCAUGAUAGAACAUCUAAAGAUUCACAGUGAUAAAGCAAUGUUUCGUUGUCAAUACUGCUCUAAAGACUUCAAGACAAAUGGGGAGCUGAAAAAACAUAUCUGGGUUCAUAUAAAGACAAAUAAAUUCACAGCAGCAGAUGGGACAGUUCCCAAAUCCUCGCGGGAGCUCUACUCCUGCCCACUGUGUCCAAGGACUUACAAGACGAAGAAGGCUUUGACAAUGCACGAUAGAACUCAUACGGGAGAGAAGCCCUAUCAGUGCACCCUUUGCCCUAAAACUUACCCAAUUAAAUCUCGUCUUACCAUCCACAUGGUGUCACACAGGGGAGAGAGGAAAUUUAAAUGCUCUCAUUGUUCAAAAACUUACGGACGAAGGGAUUGUCUUUACAGGCACGCGAGGAUUUGUUCGGCCAAAGAGGUUAAAAGUGUUAAAGACGUAAAACUCGAUGUAAACAAAACUCUUCGUGUCAACAAAAAUAAGACUCUCAGAAAAAAUAAGAAAAGUGAUAAAAUGGAAGCAAAGAAUUCAAUAAAAAAGUUAAAAUAUACUGAAGAAGAAAGUCAAUUAAAAGAAGAAAUCGUCGAAUUGUGUCGAGUUUGUGAAAGUUUGGAAAAUCUCAUUGAUAUUUCAACGGAAGAAUUUUCCCAUCUGAAUGAGAAGUUGCACCAGAUCGCGAAUUUUGAGGAACAAAAUCCGGAAAUCCUCUACCUUAAAUUUAUUUGUAAACCGUGCAGCGUUAAGCUUGAAAAUGCGUUUGAUUUUAAGAUUCAAUGUGAAUUCACAUACAGAAAACUGAUUGAUAGACUAGAAACUACUGAAAAUGAAAGUUCUGAUCUCAUAGAUCCUCUAAUUGGUAAUAACGAAGCUUCAUCUGCAAAGUCUACAAAAGAUAAAGAUUCACUACAGACUGAAAAUAUAAAAGUUGAAUGUCCAGAUUACCCAAUAGUUUCAAAUGAAAAAGAAAGCAAUGAUCAGUAUUUGCCAGUUAACGUCUCUGAUCACAGUUACAGCAGUUUCAUGAGGAAAGAGAGCUCAAGUACAAAAAGUGAAAGAAGAAUCUGUAUUUUAAGGAAAAUUGUAAAAGUUUCCGAAAAAUCCCUACAAAAGGUUAAAGAUAAAUCUGACGAAGAUGAAGAAGAAGAUAAAACCCCAAUUGAUGAUAAGCCCAAAAACUUUGAUUGUGCUUUCUGCAACAGGACUUUUCAAAAGAAAGGAAGACUAAAGAAUCACAUUGAGGGCCAGCAUAUGCAAACCAAAAUAUACCCCUGUCCAGACUGUGACAAGGAAUUCACCCUUUCCACAGCACUCUAUCGGCAUCGAGAAAUACAUCAUUCUACCCAAUCAUUUGCUUGCGACACCUGCGGAAAAGCCUUCAAGACGAGGAUCUACCUGAAUAAGCAUAAAAAUAUUCAUUCAGAGACAAGAAAACCGGUAAAUAGGCCACAUCUUUGUCACAUAUGUGGGUACAAUGCGAAAGAUUUAACCCACCAUACGGAACACAUAAACUGGCAUGCAGGAAUUAAGCCGCACAAGUGCAAUGAAUGCGGAAAAAGCUUUGUCCGGAAGGACGCUAUGCGAGCUCAUAUGCUUUCGCAUUCAACGGAAAGGCUAUUCAUCUGCCAGAUUUGCACAAAGGGUUUCAAAUCCAAUGCACAGUUGAAGAUUCACACGAGAACCCACACCGGAGAGAAGAAAUUCAAAUGUAAAUUCUGCGAUAAGGCCUACACUCAGGCAAGUGGCUUGAUUUUUCACAUGAGAACCCAUACAGGUGAAAAACCCUACGAAUGCCCAACGUGUCAGAAGAAAUUCGGACAAAAGCAAGUCCUGACGACUCAUAUGUUAAUUCACACUGGGGAAAGGCCACAUGAGUGCUCCUCCUGUUCCAAAACAUUCCGUUCCUAUUCGAAUUUUCAGCGGCAUAAGAAAAUCUGUUCUGUGGGAGUUGAAAUUACAAAAGAAAAUAGUUAAAGGGGCCGUUUACAUAAACGUAAACGUUUACGUAAACUGUAAAACAUAACCUAUGUGAUGAAAUAAUAAAAAUUAAAAUUUUCAAUGAA